AUGGAUCCAGAGACAGGCCUCGCGCAGGUCUUGAGGUCGUUGCAGAACAUCUUGUCUUCACCGGACCUGGCCGUCUCGCAAUACUUGGUGCCCUCGUCGGAAGAGACGACGAACAGCAAGUUCCCGGUCCUGCCUCGAGAUAUCCCGAGCGUGUUACCGCUUACUAGACUCGAUCAGAGUCUCCCUCAUUCCUCUUCUCAGCCACCGAGCGGGAGCAAUCGGCAGGGAGGACGGGUCGACGACGACGGCAACGACAAUGAUACACGACUCGACAGACUAUCCUCGCACCUGGCGACCAGCGUCCUCCCGCAUCUCAACCUCUCGUCCCUCUCGCCAAACUACUACGGCUUCGUCACCGGCGGCACCACCCCUGCGGCCCUGCUCGGCGACCUGCUCGCGUCCGUCUACGACCAGAAUGUCCAGGUGCACCUCCCGCGCGAGACCAUAGCGACCACGCUCGAAGUCACCACCUUGAAUCUCCUCGUGCAGCUGUUCCGCCUGCCGGAGGCGGAGUGGGGGAUCGGACGACGUCGCGGCGGAGGAGGAGGGACCUUCACCACCGGCGCGACGGCGAGCAACGUCCUCGGCCUGGCGCUGGGGAGGGAGUAUGUGCUCCGAAAGGCCCUGCAGCGCAGACGGGGCGUCUCAGUGGAAGAGGACAACGGCGAUGCCGGAAGCUGCGGCGAGCACGGCGUCGCAGAACUCAUGGCCCAGGCCGGCCUGCGCAAGAUCCAGGUUCUCAGCACGCUGCCUCACUCCAGCAUCGCCAAAGCGGCCAGCAUCGUCGGCAUCGGGAGAAAGAAUGUCAUUUCCAUCUCCACCUCGCAGGGCGAUGGUCUGCAGAUCGACCUGGCCCGCCUGGCCGAAGAGGCCGCGAAACCGGACGUGGUCAACAUCCUCGCCAUCUCCGCAGGGGAGGUCAACACGGGCCGCUUCGCCACCGAUUCACGCGCGCAGAUGCUCCGUCUGCGCGGGAUAUGCGACGAGUUCGGGAUCUGGAUCCACGUCGACGGCGCGUUCGGGCUGUUUGGCCGCGUCUUUUCCCCAGACGACCACGACCGGGCAGAGUUCGAGGAGAUGAUCCGCGGCGUCGACGGUGUGGAGCUCGCCGACUCCAUCACCGGCGACUGCCACAAGCUGCUCAACGUCCCCUACGACUGCGGCGUCUUCUUCACCCGCCACAAGGACCUCGGUGGAGACGUCUUCCGCAACGGCAACGCCGCGUAUCUCACGUCGUCGAUGACGAGCAAUACAGGUGCAGACACAAACGAAGUUGGAAGCCGAGACGUCUCUGACUACGACCCCUCCGCGAUCCAAAGCCCGCUGAACAUCGGCAUCGAGAACUCGCGCAGAUUCCGCGCACUGCCCGUCUACGCGACGCUCGUGGCCUACGGGCGGCCGGGCUACCUGGACAUGCUGAAGCGGCAGAUCCGCCUGGCGCGGCGGGUGAGCAGCUGGCUCCUCCGAGACGAGAGGUUCGACCUGCUACCGCUGCCAGCAUGUGCGGGUGGCCGGGACGAGGGCGAACAAGAAACUCUGGCAAAGACGUUUAUUGUGGUCUUGUUCAGACUCAAGGAUGAGGAACGGAUGAGAGACUUUGUAAGGAGGGUCAACGACAUGGGCAAGAUCUACAUGACGGGAACGGUGUGGGAUGGGAAGCCUGCAGCGAGAAUUGCCAUCAGUAAUUGGAAGGUCGAUCUGGAGAGAGAUGGCAAGUUGAUUGAGCAGGUCUUGGAUCAAGUGGCUGGCGGACAACGAUGA